UCAUGGCGGCGGCGCUGCUGCUUCUUUUCUCUCUCCGCCGCAGGCCGGGCCGCUGGAGGCUCCAGGCCGCGAGAUCCAGCUGGAACCUCAGGCCCGUCGCCGCCGCUGCCACCGGGCUCGGGGAGAGGCAGUUCUACUGCGCCCCGGGGGAUCCUGCUGGGACUGGCGGCCGAGUCCUACAGAGUUUACUUUUGAGGACAUUGUCCCCUACCUUUCAAGGAAUCAGAGGAUUGUUAUUGAAACAACAUCUAAUUCAGAAUCCAGUCAGACUCUGGAAACUUUUAGGUGGUACUGCUUAUUUUAGUACCUCCAAGAUGAAGCAAAAGAAUAAGGAGAAAGAAAAAUCCAAGAAAAAAAUGCCAGAAGAUGAUGAAGAGGAAAAGAAACGGAAAGAACGGGAAGAUCAGAUGUAUCGUGAACGAUUACGGACCUUAUUUGUCAUUGCUAUUGUCAUGAGUGUGCUGAACUCUUUAAACAUUAGUGUGGCUAGCAUUUCCUGGAGCGACUUUGUGAAUGAGAUGCUGGCAAAGGGGGAAGUGCAGCGGGUCCAGGUGGUGCCAGAAAGCGAUGUAGUGGAAAUCUAUCUGCACCCAGGAGCUGUUGUAUUUGGCCGACCUCGUUUUACCUUGAUGUACCGAAUGCAGGUUGCAAAUAUUGACAAGUUUGAAGAGAAACUUCGAGCGGCUGAAGAUGAACUGAACAUUGAAGUCAAAGACAGGAUUCCAGUGUCCUACAAACGGACAGGCUUCUUUGGAAAUGCACUUUAUGCCAUAGGAAUGACAGCUGUGGGUGUGGCCAUAUUAUGGUGCAUUUUCCGCCUUGCUGGGAUGACAGGAAGGGAAGGAGGAUUCAGUGCUUUUAACCAACUGAAAAUGGCUCGCUUUACUGUUGUCGAUGGAAAGCUUGGGAAAGGGAUCAGCUUCAAAGAUGUAGCAGGAAUGCAUGAAGCCAAAUUAGAAGUCAAGGAGUUUGUGGAUUAUCUAAAGAGUCCAGAGCGCUUCCUUCAGCUGGGUGCCAAAGUCCCAAAGGGUGCUUUGUUGCUUGGACCUCCAGGUUGUGGAAAAACUUUGUUGGCAAAGGCAGUAGCUACAGAAGCCCAAGUGCCAUUCCUGGCGAUGGCUGGCUCAGAGUUUGUGGAAGUGAUAGGAGGUCUUGGAGCUGCUCGAGUCCGAAGUCUUUUCCGAGAAGCCCAGAACCGGGCCCCGUGUAUUGUGUAUAUUGAUGAAAUUGAUGCUGUGGGCAAGAAACGAUCCACUACCAUGUCUGGCUUCUCCAACACUGAGGAAGAACAGACUUUAAACCAGCUUCUGGUGGAAAUGGAUGGAAUGGGAACCACAGAUCAUGUCAUAGUAUUAGCUUCUACCAAUCGAGCUGAUAUUUUGGAUAAUGCAUUGAUGAGACCAGGGAGACUGGACCGACACAUUUUUAUUGAUCUUCCUACACUUCAGGAAAGAAGGGAAAUAUUUGAACAGCAUCUGAAGAGUCUGAAGCUGUCCCAGACUAGUAGUUUUUAUUCCCAGCGCCUAGCAGAGCUCACGCCUGGGUUUAGCGGAGCUGAUAUUGCAAAUAUAUGUAAUGAAGCUGCUCUGCAUGCUGCAAGAGAAGGACACAAAUCAAUAGAUACAUUUAAUUUUGAAUAUGCUGUGGAGCGAGUAAUUGCAGGAACUGCCAAAAAAAGCAAGAUUCUGUCCAAGGAGGAGCAGAGGAUUGUGGCAUUUCACGAGUCUGGCCAUGCUUUGGUUGGCUGGUUGCUGGAACACACUGAGGCAGUGAUGAAGAUCUCCAUAGCACCACGGACAAAUGCUGCCCUGGGAUUUUCUCAAAUUCUCCCUAAAGACCAAUAUCUCUUUACUAAGGAACAGCUAUUUGAGCGGAUGUGCAUGGCUUUGGGAGGCCGAGUGUCUGAAGCCAUUUCUUUUAAUAAGGUUACUUCAGGGGCACAGGAUGAUCUUAGGAAAGUCACUAAAAUAGCCUAUUCCAUGGUGAAACAGUUUGGGAUGGUGCCUAGUGUUGGCCUUGUUUCCUUCCCUGAACAGCAGGAAAGCACAUCAGGCAUAGGACGACGACCCUUCAGUCAAGGGCUUCAACAAAUGAUGGAUCAGGAAGCAAGACUGCUAGUAGCUAAAGCAUACAGGCACACAGAGAAGGUGCUGCAGGAAAACCAAGCCAAACUGCACUCGUUGGCUAAUGCCUUGUUGGAGAAGGAAGUGAUAAACUAUGAGGACAUUGAGGCCUUGAUUGGUCCACCUCCCCAUGGGCCUAAAAAAAUGAUCACUCCGCAGAAAUGGAUUGAUGCAGAGAGAGAGAAACAAGGCACGGAGGAGGAGGAAGAGCCACCCCAGCGACGACACCCCCGAGAAGAGGACUUGGAUGAGGAAGAAUCAUCCCAGCAAAAAUAAUCUGAAUUCCCUUCUCAAAGGGUUAGAAAAGGAGUCCACAUUUCUUCUAGAAAACAAACAUCCCAUUCAGUUGACCUGUUAGUUUCAUUUAAAAUAGGAUCUGCAGUUCUUGUGUCCAAACAUUAGUCUGAAAUCCAUAACAUUGCACAAAUUAUCCUAGGCAGCCUCCCCCAGGUGCAGGUCUGAGCUAUAUUCACUCAUUAACCAUUAGUAAAUCCCUUUGCAGAGAAUUUGGGAUUUUUUUAUAUCUUUUCCCCUACGGGGAUACUCUCUAUUCCAGAUAACAGGUGUUGCAAAUGGCCUAGUAUCCAGAGACUUAGAAACAUUCUAAUUGAGAACAUAAAGCAAUACUGACCUAUUGUCCAUGAAGACCAAGGGUUGUAUUUCUUAAAACCCCCAUGUCUGCCUGACAGUUGGUAUAUGAUCUUUUCUUGGGUCCUGUUACUUUAUCAGAAUAAUGAAAUGCUCAAGAAAGGACUCUAUAGCUACACUGAUCUGAUAAUUAUUACAUCUUCUUAACUGUGAGUUCUCUCAGUUUGUCAUCUGGUAAAUGAGCUUAUAUUAUUUCAGAAAAUGAAAGAAAGCAAGUUUAUGGGAUUAAAAUAUCUUCACCUGAUGCUGAUAUUAUGUUUAUAGAUGUGUUCUUAAUGACUCAUUCUCAAAAUAUCUAUGUCACUUUGCUUUUUCUACCUGGGAGAACUGUUGUAAAUGAUGAAUUAAUAAAUUUUGCAGGAUGACAUCCACCUCAGCACAACUUAACUAGGCCUCAUUGAGGGGAGUAGUUGGGUUUAUAUGUCUAUUUAAUUUUUGAUAAUACUUUGUAUAUUCUUCCAUGGAUGCAAAUCAUUUUUAAUCUCUCAUUUAGUGAGUCCAUCAUUCACUGCCUGGGAGCGUCCAUUUUCAUUAAUGGAUAAAAAUGCUUUUUGGUUCACUUCAUCCCUGGUACAUGGAAGGAAACAACUAUAUAAGAAUAUUUCUCAAUCUGAGAUUUUUCUCCCUCCCUCAAUUUUCUCUGCUGAAAAUUAGAGUCACUGAUUUGAGGGUACUGUCAUGAAGGAAUAGGAUUUAAUAUUAAAUUGCUCUUCUCAAAAUCAAUAUACAAAAAGAAAUAUCCUGUUUGUGUUAGGUAUGUGAAUCCAGACAGCUAUUACAGAUACCUGUAGGGAAUAAAUUACAGGAUUGCAGUUUUCCCAGAGGUGGCACUGAAAUAGUUUUGCCAUGUUGUCUUCUGGCCUAAUCCUCAAUUAAGACAAUUUAAUAUUUAUCAGGGGCUCUUUUAUCUCCACAGACAGCACUCUGCUACCCCCAGGACUUUAUGAUAGGUUUUCAUAGCCCAGCUGACUAACAGGGUACAAGCUCAGGCUAUCUUAGGCUCACAAUUGACUUUGAAAAGUGGAUCUUCAUUCAAGUGACCAUCCAGAAAAGUCUACAAAAGGGACCCAGUUUAAUUCACAUCCACCCUAUGACAAAAUCCCCAAGUGAAUUUUCCUUUUACUGAACCUUAAAAAUCAUCUAUUAAAUGAGCCUAUAGGAGUACAGGAAAUGAAAUAAACCAAAUUCUUGUAUUGAGCAUUAUAAAGGAGGCAACUUGUGGUGGGAAUAGUGGUGCACUUAUAAUCAGAAGAGACUGGAUGUGAGUUGGUUGACCUUUGUACAUGUCACUUCUUGGAACUUCAUUUCUUGUCUAUAUACAGGAAUAAUAUUUCAUAAAGUAGUGGUGAGAAUUAAAUAAUAUAAUGAAUAUGCAUGUCUUUGUAAGCCUUGAAGUGUCAUCUAAAUUAUAUUAUUUUGUUGGGCUAGGGCAGUUUCCAAGAAAAAACAUCAUUUGCAUAAUAGUAAUAAACAUCUGUAAGAAAUGAA